ACAUUCCACAAUUAUUAAGGGAUUUCUAUAGAUUAAAUUAGAAGGAUCCUCUAGUUCUAUAUAGAGACUUUGUUCAUCGAAGUGUUAGUUUGAUGAAGUGGAUUAAACCUUAGAAAGGGAGGGCUUCUUCAUGGUGGGAGGAGUCGACAAGGAAGAAAUAUAAGAGAGGGAUAGGUCAAAGAUGAAGACUUGACUUAAGGUUAACCAUUAAGUAGAGCUACCACCAUAUGACAUUUUGUGUUCCUUGUGCCUUCACAUUCAAUUCAUAGGUAAGAGAAUGAAUGUGCUUAAUGGCAUAAAAGUGCAUUGAGAGGUUAGAAAAGGGAGGACUCGGAGGAUUUAAAAGUGCUCGAUCAUGGAGGAGGAAGAGGCCAAGAAGAGAGAAGAAGUAGAGCUGCAAGUUAUGGAUCAAGAAAGAGAUGUGGUUCUCCCAGGAUUCCGAUUUCACCCCACAGAUGAAGAGCUAGUAGGGUUUUACUUGCGGAGGAAAGUGGAGAGGAAGAGAUUCAGCAUAGAGAUCAUCAAGGAGAUAAAUAUCUACAAGCAUGAUCCUUGGGAGCUUCCAAAAUUUGUAUCUACUGGAGAACAAGAAUGGUACUUCUUUUGCUUGAGGGGUAGGAAAUAUAGGAACAGCAUAAGGCCUAAUAGGGUCACUGGAUCUGGGUUUUGGAAGGCCACUGGUAUCGAUAGACCGAUAUAUUCAUCGAGCAAUGCCGAUGAUUGCAUCGGUCUAAAGAAGUCUCUCGUGUACUACAAGGGAAGCGCAGGCAAAGGAACCAAGACCGACUGGAUGAUGCAUGAAUUCCGUCAUCCUUGCAAGGACAAUGCUAAUACUGAUGUCACCACGCAAGGAGCGGAAGUUUGGACGAUAUGUAGAAUUUUCAAGAGGAAUGUGUCUUAUAAAAGAAACAAUUGGAGAGCAAUAGACAACAUCAAAUCUAUCUCUCCGGACUCUAGUUCGAAAACUAAUUGUAGGUUUGAAUCAAUUAGUCAAAAUGAAUGCAAUUACCUAAUCCCUUCAAGCUAUUCCCAUGGAGAUCAAAGGAAAGGCAACACUGAAGAGAAUGACCACCAAAUAAAUGCAAACCAAUGGCAAUGGAACUCUUCGACGAAAACUCACAUUGUAGCACCUCAAUCCAAGGUAGAGGUAAACCCUAACAUGAAUGACUAUGACUUAAAAGAUGGAAAUUGGGAUGAACUCGGAAGGAUUGUGGAGUUCUUGACUAAUCAAAAUGUCGCCUCUUAUUGUAUAUAGUUGCCAAUAAAAACAUUAUGAAACAUUGUUUUUUAUAUAUGUGCAAUCUUCGGGUAAUACUUACUGUAAAGAGAAUUCUACUUAAUGUUGAAGGUCUUUUCUAAUAAACACACAUAGUAGCAUAUGAUUGAAUGAGAAUAA